AGAGUACGUUGGUGAUUCUGCAUUUAUAAACAGAAACAGAGGGAGAGCGAGAGACAGCGUUUUAAUGGCGGAUGAUACGUCGUCACUGAAAGUGUUGGCUAAGGUCUUGGUUUAAGCCAAGAUUUGAUUAGUUAUGGCUGCCUCUUCUUCUCUUCUCUUUACACUGCUUUUGGUUCUUCUCACUUUCUCAGAUUCAUCAGUACAAACCCUUGGUCUUGAAGUUGGAAUCAACUAUGGCCAAAUUGCAAACAAUCUUCCAUCUCCAGCCCGUGUCUCAUACCUCCUCAGAUCCCUCAAUAUUAGCAGAGUUAAACUCUAUGAUGCAGAUCCAAAUGUUCUUCUUGCUUUCGCCAACACAAAUGUUGAAUUCAUUAUUGGAUUAGGGAAUGAGUACCUUCAAAACAUGACUGAUCCUAUAAAAGCCCAAAACUGGAUUCAACAGCGAGUUCAACCCUACCUUACUCGCACCAAGAUCACUUGCAUCACUGUGGGGAAUGAGGUCUACAAAACCUAUGAUCAUCAGCUAUGGUCUAAUCUCCUUCCAGCAAUGCAAACAGUUUAUAAUACCCUUGUUAAUCUUGGCCUUGAUAAACAAGUAACCGUUACUACCGCGCAUUCGCUCGAUAUCUUAAGCUUGUCGUUCCCUCCUUCGGUCGGGGCUUUUAGACAAGAUCUCGGAGAAUAUCUACAUGGUAUUUUGAACUUUCAUGCUCAGGUCAAGUCGCCAUUCUUGAUCAAUGCGUAUCCGUAUUUCGCCUACAAGGAUAAACCAAAUGAGGUGCCAUUAAACUAUGUGCUUUUCCAACCGAACCAAGGGACAAUGGAUCCAAGUACCAAUCUGAAAUAUGAUAAUAUGCUGUUUGCUCAAAUUGAUGCUGUUUAUUCAGCUAUCAAAGCAAUGGGGCAUACGGAUAUUGAAGUCCGGAUUUCCGAAACAGGUUGGCCUUCCAGAGGGGAUGAAAAUGAAGUAGGAGCUACACCAGAGAAUGCUGGGUUGUACAACGGUAAUUUAUUAAGAAGGAUAGAAGAGAAACAAGGCACACCGGCGAAACCCAAUGUCCCAAUUGACAUAUAUGUUUUUGCUCUUUUCAAUGAGAAUCAAAAGCCUGGUCCAACAUCAGAAAGGAACUAUGGUCUCUUCUAUCCUGAUGGUACCCCAGUUUACAACAUUGGAGUUCAGGGUUAUCUUCCUGAGUUGAUAUAUUCAUCAGCUACCACAAAUAAUGGAUUCUCUAUCUGCAGUCUUCUGGUCUUGGCUAUAGCAUACUUAAUCUCCUCUUGAAAAGAUUUGAAUUUGGCUAGUUAAUAGGGUAUCCCUAAGGGAAAACAGUAUUGCUGGUGGUAAUUCAAAUUACAGAGAAGAUGAAACUUUCAGAGAUCAUGUAAAAAUUAUGAUACUGAAACAACAUCAAUCUACAUCCUAAAGACAAAAGAUCCAUGAUGAGACAAUAACUGAAUUAAUCAGGGGAUGAAUAAUUUCCAGGAGACUAUUGCCAAGACAGUGAAAAUCACUAACAGUUGAUAGUUGAAUUUAAGUCAAAUAUAUAUAGAUUCUUUAACAAAAAUUCUUAAUAAAAAAAUGGUUUUGAUGUUGUUGUCUACACUACAGUGGUUGGAAAUGUAUUUGUAUACCAAAACAGAUUGUAUUUAGUAUUGUUAUAUAAGCAACAUUAAGAACUUACUUGUCUUCACUUAA